AUGGCGGAGGCGUUACAAGACGGCCCACAAAUGGGCGACAUCCGGCGGCUUCACCAGAUGUGCAUGGACAGCCUGGCUCUCCAACCCUCUCAGGACGCCAGGCUGCGCAAGCUGUUCCUCCGGUGCGACCGGAGCGGAUUCGGUACCAUAAAUGGCGACAUUGCGCGGCGUCUGUUUAAAACUUCUGGAGUUUCGGAUGCGGCACUGUUCGACAUCUGGAGUUUGGCGGACGUGGAAGGCCGCGGAGAACUAGACUAUAGGGCGUUCUGUCUGUGUUGCGUGCUUAUCGCAUAUGCCCAAUCACACCCAGAUUUCAUGAGACGACCCGACUGGAUGUGGGACAGUCAGCUCCCUGUCCGGUUGCUGAACAUGAAUGCAGUGACGGAGUGCAACCCGUCGUUCGACACUUCGGUGCUUGACGACGCUGCGAGUUCGGACAUGCCUAAGAUUACACCGGCCGAGGCGGUGGUGUACGAAAAGCUGUUCCUUGCCCUGGAUCACGACUGCGACGGAUUUGUUGAGGGCCUCGACGCACGAAACUACUACCUCACGCGCAACGAGCUGCCGGAUGAUGAGCUGCUUCGGAUAUGGGAGGUGGCAGAUGCGGAUUGCGACGGACGGCUUUCCAUUGGGGAGUUCAUGGUCAUGGAGCACUUGGUCCAGGACAGGUUGGCCAGCCGACUGCCGCCGCGCAACCCGCCACCGGUGGAGAUAUUGCGCCCGGCUGUCACCCACAGCGUACCAUCCCAAAGUGCCGCAGUGCAUGAUCGGUUGCCGCAACCUCGCCCAGUAAGGGGUGACGGGAGGCCAUCCACACACCCGGCAGGAGAAGACACCCGCAUGGCCCCUGCAAGCCACGAAGACAUCGCAAGUACGGCAGCAUCAUCCAUCACAGGCAAGAAUCCGAAACGCACAGAAGACGAGCGUUACGACGUCCCAAGGAAUGCGCCAGACAUCAAUGCGAUCCCGGUGGAACACAGGGAUGCCACCAAGACGGUUGAUCCAGAGGCUACCGUCACGGAGAAUCGCCGCCUAGUUAACCACGUUGAAUCGUUAAAGAAGCAUGUGGAGGACUUGGAGCAAGAUUUGUCUAAGUUAGAGGCGGAGAACAAUUACCUCAGACUGCUUUAUAAGAAGAAUGAGGAACGCAUGGCUGAGCUCCACACGCUGCACAGGACCGUUAGCGAGGAGGCUGAGGCCGAACAUGCGCAGCUGCGCAUCGAGGAACGCGAGCUUAACGAGCUACAAGACCGAAUUAGCGCCAUGAGGCGCCAAAAGAUGGCAGUUGAAAGUGAACAGCAGGCGCUGAAGCAGGCUCUCAGCCAUUCGGAGGAUGCGGAACAGACCAUGCUGCGGUCGAUCAAGAACGAACAGGGCAGAGUUGCGGCAAUACGCAGUGAAAGGCUGCAGAAUAUGCGUAAACGGAUCGAUCUGCUGGAGUCCAUGCAGCCCCCAAACGACAAGAAUCCCGUCAGCACUAAGCCGAACGUGCGCGCGAUCAGCGACGCUCGCGUGCUUCACGACUCGAAGGGCAUUCGCAUGGCGGCAGCUGAGAGCGUGAUGGAGCGCCGACUCAACCCGCGUAUCACGUCUACUCCGCACAGCGAAUGGUCCAACAAAGACGGCGCUGGGUUCCCGGAGUAA